AUGGGCGCCUAUCUCUAUGGGCGCCUAUCUCUAUGGGUGCCUAUCUCUUUGGGCGCCUAUCUCUAUGGGCGCCUAUCUCUAGGGGUGCCUAUCUCUAGGGGCGCCUAUCUCUAUGGGCGCCUAUCUCUAUGGGCGCCUAUCUCUACGGGCGCCUAUCUCUAUGGGCGCCUAUCUCUAGGGGCACCUAUCUCUAGUGGCGCCUAUCUCUAUGGGCGCCUAUCUCUAGGGGCGCCUAUCUCUAUGGGCGCCUAUCUCUAUGGGCGCCUAUCUCUAUGGGUGCCUAUCUCUUUGGGCGCCUAUCUCUAUGGGCGCCUAUCUCUAGGGGGGCGCCUAUCUCUAUGGGCGCCUAUCUCUAUGGGCGCCUAUCUCUAUGGGCGCCUAUAUCUAUGGGUGCCUAUCUCUUUGGGCGCCUAUCUCUAUGGGCGCCUAUCUCUAGGGGUGCCUAUCCCUAUGGGCGCCUAUCUCUAUGGGCGCCUAUCUCUAUGGGGGCGCCUAUCUCUAUGGGCGCCUAUCUCUAUGGGCGCCUAUCUCUAUGGGCGCCUAUCUCUAAAGGUGCCUAUCUCUUUGGGCGCCUAUCUCUAUGGGCGCCUAUCUCUAGGGGCGCCUAUCUCUAGGGGCGCCUAUCUCUAUGGGCGCCUAUCUCUAUGGGCGCCUAUCUCUAGGGGCGCCUAUCUCUAUGGGCGCCUAUCUUUAGCGGCGCCUAUCUCUAGGGGCGCCUAUCUCUACGGCGCCUAUCUCUAUAGGCGCCUAUCUCUAGGGGCGCUUAUCUCUAUGUGCGCCUAUCUCUAUGGGCGCCUCUCUUUAGGGGCGCCAAUCUCUAGAGGCGCCUAUCUCUUUGGGCGCCAAUCUCUAUGGGCGCCUAUCUCUAUCGGCGCCUAUCUCUAUAGGCGCCUAUCUCUAGGGGCGCUUAUCUCUAUGUGCGCCUAUCUCUAUGGGCGCCUCUCUUUAGGGGCGCCAAUCUCUAGAGGCGCCUAUCUCUUUGGGCGCCAAUCUCUAUGGGCGCCUAUCUCUAUGGGCGCCUAUCUCUAUGGGCGCCUAUCUCUAGGGGCGCCUAUCUCUAUGGGCGCCUAUCUCUAUGGGCGCCUAUCUCUAUGGGCGCCUAUCUCUACGGGCGCCUAUCUCUAUGGGCGCCUAUCUCUAGGGGCGCCUAUCUCUAGUGGCGCCUAUCUCUAUGGGCGCCUAUCUCUAGGGGCGCCUAUCUCUAUGGGCGGGCGCCUAUCUCUAGGGGCGCCUAUCUCUAUGGGCGCCUAUCUCUAUGGGCGCAUAUCUCUAUGGGCCCCUAUCUCUACGGGCGCCUAUCUCUAUGGGCGCCUAUCUCUAGGGGCGCCUAUCUCUUGUGGCGCCUAUCUCUAUGGGCGCCUAUCUCAAGGGGCGCCUAUCUCUAUGGGCGCCUAUCUCUAUGGGCGCCUAUCUCUAUGGGCGCCUAUCUCUAGGGGCGCCAAUCUCUAG